GUUUACCGAUUGCUGAUAAAUAAUGAAAGAGAAAUAAAUAAUAUAACAUGUUAUCAUGUGAAUUCGUGUAGAUGUUGUGUCAGUGAAAAUGAAUCUGUGAACGUAUCUGUUGACCUUGGAAUAGAUAAAUUAUAAAGUGAAGAUAACAGAUGAAGAAAUGAAGUAAUAAUCGAAAUCAAUAUUACGGACGUGAAUUUGUCUUACAAUUCUUGCCAACAGUAAGUUUAUAGUUCCAGAAAAAUGGCUCAGAUAGGUGGGGACAAGAUGGUUCUUGUCCAAUUUUUGGAUAUCUUAGCACUGAGUAUAUUGGUACCUGCAGUGCCCCCUACAAUUCUAAAAACUGGAGGUACUUUAAUGCACCUUGGAUGCUUAAUGUCUUUAAGCGCAGCAGUAAGAUUGAUAUCUUCCAAAAUUUGCGCUGAACUUUUGAAGGUAUCUGGAAAACGGACUUUACUCCAGUAUUCCCUCAUAAUUAGUUGCUUCUUCAAUGCUCUACUUUAUCUUGUCUCAUCGUGUUUUUAUGGAAUAAUGCUAAAUAGAGUUCUAUUCCUUCUGUUCAACCAAGUGCCCCUUCUUUCUUCUAUGUUGGUAUCCAAAGAAGAUGGGAAUCAAAGUGCGCUCAAAAAUCCGUUAACACAAAGGCUAAUAGCAGGUUUAGCGGGCUGUGCAAUAGUUGGAUCUAUUAUCGAUUCGAAGGGUGGUUUUUAUGUGUUGGUACUAUUGUCCACUGCCAUAUCUGGAAUAGCAGCUGCAAUCGCAAUGCAAGACCAACCAAAAGAGAAAGAAAAAGAAAAACAGCUGACCCCAUCCACAGUAAUCGACGUUCUGAAAAAAACUUACGUCUCUACGAUGAAGGAUAUUCGAGAUAUCGACAUCCAUUUUGCCAAUUGGGAUGCACUUCUGACCAAGUCCCUCCUAGUAAUCAACGCUAAAGUUGUUUACAUCUUAUUCGUGGUGUUGAUUAUUUUCGUGUUUCAAGGAAAAGGAUCCUUGGUCAAUGCGACUGCAGCCUACCAGACUAUUAUUCUCAGUUUAUCUGGCAUAGCUUUCAAUAAACUGAAUCUGUACGUGAAUAACAUGGGAAAUCCUAAGCAAAUAUUAGAAAAGUCACUGCUCGCUUGUAUACUUUGUGCAUUCUUACUAAGUUGCGCACCCAGUUAUUCAUUUUAUUUAUUCAUGUUUAUACCAUUCGUUAUAUCUAGAGCUUUCAUUGAGUACUACUUCAUAGAAGUUUUUGAAACUAAGAAAAACCAGAAGUUAACUCAAGACCUCGAAACGGUGUCUACAAUUACUGAAGUUGUGGGACCCUUAUUCGUCGGUUUAGUGUUUCAACUACUCAAACAUAAUGCUUAUAGAUUAUUAACAGUGCUUCCGUUCGUAGCCAUUUAUUACAUAGUUAGUAAAAGAGUGUACAGAGAAGUUAAACCAGAAAAAACUGUAGAAACUAAAGAAGAACAAAGUAAAGCAAAAAAGGACGAAUAACACACUGACUAUAUCGAACAAAAAACCCAAAAGUGUAAAUGAAAUAGAAAUAAAAUCUUUUUAUUUAA